UGAAACUUCUCUCUGGGCCGGCUCUGAACUUGUGGGCGUUCUAAAACUCCUCCUUUGGCAGGGCUGGAGCCUGGGGGCUGGAGGAGAGCAGUCCCUGCCUCACCCUGCAAGUGCUGCACACUCCAGGGCUCUCCAUCUCCUGCUCCACACCUCCAGACACGGGCCCAGGAGGGGAAUGUGGUGACAUCUGCGGGAUCUCCAGGCAGGGAUAAACAUGUCAGCCCCGGGGCUGGGCAGGCCGAGGGGUGGUGCUGCUGUCCUUGGGUCACUCCUCAGUGCCGCUCUCAUCGUCACUGCCCACAGUCUGUGCUCUGCCCCGCCGCGCUCGCAGUCCGCGCAGCCCCGGCAGCCCCUGGCGGGCUCGGGGCUCUUCCCCUCGGGCCACAGGAUGGAGUUCGUGUGCCGGCCGGGCUUCGGGAGAAAACCCUACACUCCCAACGUCCUCACCUGCGGAGAGGACGGGGUGUGGCACGGCCCGAGCGACAUCUGCAUACCCAAGGCGUGUCCCUACCCCGGGGAGCCGCCCCACGGCAGGCUGGAGCUGCCGGCAGCCUUCACCUUCGGCUCCACGGUGAACUUCACCUGCGGGACGGGGUACAGGCUGAUUGGACACUCUCAGAUUGAAUGUGUGGUCAGAAAUGAGGUUCUCAGAUGGAACAGAGAUAUUCCCACCUGUGAGGUGAUUCCCUGCGCCCCCCCUCCAGAAAUAGAGAAUGGGCAGCACAAUGGGAUGGACAAGGAGCAUUUCCAGUACGGGGACUCUGUCACCUACCGCUGCCACAGCCCCAGGAGGGGACAGAGACCUUUCUCCCUGGUGGGAGACGCCUCCAUUUUCUGCACCACCAGGGACGGCCUGAACGGGGAGUGGAGCAGCCCAGCCCCGGAGUGCAAAGUGGUGACCUGUGAGCAGCCCAGGGUGGAGAACGGGAGGCUGCUGGCCGGGUACCGGCCCCGCUACACCUUUGGGGACACCGUGGUCUUCGAGUGCGACUUUCGCUACAGCCUCAGCGGCGGCGGCGCCUCCACCUGCAGGGACAGCGACCUCUGGGAGCCCCCCCUGCCCCUCUGCCAGCGCAGCAGCUGCGAUGACCCCCCGGAGGUGGGGAACGCUGUCAAAGCCAGGCUGGCUGGGAAUCUGUUCCCCGUGGGCACCGUGGUCACCUACGAGUGCCAGCAGGGCCACCGGUUCAGCUCGGGGGAGGCCACCUGGAACGUCACCUGCCUGCAGGACUUCGUGUGGAGUGAAACCCCCGCUCCGUGUGAAAGAACUUCUUGCCCAGAUCCGCACAUCCCAAAUGGAAAGCUCUUGUACCCGUGGCGGGAGGAGAAGGAGGGCUACAAGUACGGGGACAGGCUGGAGGUGGCGUGCUCGGAAGGAUUUGCUUUCAAAGAAAAGACUCUGCAUGGCAGCAGCGUCACCCUGCGCUGCGGCAGCGACGGCGCCUGGGACCCAGCAGUGCCAGAGUGCGCCCCAGAGCCACGUUGCCCAAAGCCAGAGAUCCCCCACGGAAAGGAGGUGGAUGAGGGCAGGGGCAGCUACGCCGUGGGGGCGCGGGUGAGGCUGCAGUGCCUGGAGGGCUUCGGCCUCAGGGGCUCCCCGUCCAUCACCUGUGGGGCCGACCUGAGCUGGGAGCCCGCCCUGCCCUUCUGUGACAAAGUGUGUGGGCCCCCUCCAGCCACCCCCUUCGGGCAGCACUCGGGCAGGGGGCGCACGGAGUUCCCCUAUGGCACCAAGGUCACCUACAGCUGCUCGGAGGGGCUGUCCCUGCUGGGGGACCCGGCCCUGUACUGCACCUCCGAGGACGGGCACAGCCUGGCCUGGAGCGGGGCCGCCCCCCAGUGCAGGGCGGUUCGGUGCCCCAAGCCCGUGGUGCAGAGGGGCAGGAUGAGCCCUCAGAGCUUCACCUUCCCCUACGGGCUGCUCCUGAACUUCUCCUGUGACGAGGGCUUCAGGCUGCACGGCGCUGCCCAGAGCCGCUGCCUGGCUGACGGCACCUGGGGCCCGCCCCUGCCCACCUGCCAGCCAGUUCAGUGCCCCAAGCCCCCGAGGCAGGAGGACGUUUGGGUGACUUUCAACAAGGCGUGGUACGAGGUGAACGAGACCGUGCCCUUCUCCUGCAGGCGCGAUGGGUUCUCAGGGACACCCUCCAAAACCACCUGCUCAGCCGAUGGCACCUGGGCACCACCGCCCACCUGUAAGAAGCCUGAAGUGUGUGAGAGGAUUCUCCGAAACAAAGCCACUUUCCAGUGUGGAAUUCCUCUGUCAGACCUGAAAACCCUGCUGGAAGUCCAGAAACUCUACCUGGAGAUCCAGAAACUUGAAAAGGAGCUAAAAACCCCCACCUACGGUUGACUGGUGGCACUGGGGUUGUAAGAACCACCCUCUGUGUGCUGGAUCACGAUGCUGACUGAGGAUUUUUCAUAACUUUGUAAUUUGUGCUAAUGCUGAAGUAGCCAGGACAAAAUUUAACAAUGGUCCACAGAUUUGCUCACACAAGGAGCCAAAGUGACUUGUGAGUCAAUUUUUAGGGCUCACCAGGCUGAGUUUGUAGAUCACUUUAUGCCUUUUAAAGCUUCACGUUUAGAUCUGUUUGCCACACUGGCAGGGCACGGUUAGGAAGGAACCGAGUGGCAACCAAGUGAAUUUUGGUGGUACAAACAGGCGUGAACGUGGUGAGAGCCACUCACCUGCAGCUGCUGCACCUCUCCAGUCCAUCCCAGUGCUGCACUCAUUAGUGGGAACAACCCCUUCACUGCCUAAUUACCUUCAAACCUCAAAGCCUCUGUCCUAGCAAAGCAAAAACGCCAAAAAUGCUUUCCUUCCCAGGCAGGGUCCAUGGCAGUGCCACAUCUCAGUGACAGAGAUGGCUGGGAGUCAUGGCUGGGUUUUAAACCAGGAGAACUUGGCUGGUUUUUAAACCAGGAGGACAUGGCUGGUUUUUAAAUCAGGAGAAUUUGGCUGGUUUUUAAAUCAGGAGAAUUUGGCUGGUUUUUAAACCAGGGAGACACGGCUGGUUUUUAAACCAGGAGAACUUGGCUGUUUUUUAAACCAGGAGGACAUGGCUGGUUUUAAAACCAGGAGGACAUGGCUGGUUUUUAAACUGAUUUUUCUGCAACAUCCAAUGAAGGGGAAGCACUGUGCUGGCCACGUGUCUUGUGAUGGGACCAGAGAUUUUAAUAAACCUGCAAUUGGAAUGACAGCUCUGCCUGGGUUUUCAUGAUCUGUCCUAUCUCUGGCAAAGGGAAGUAUUUACAUCUCACACGAAGUACAUGUAAUAUAUAAAGUGUGUAUAAUUAAUAGGUUUAUUUCUAGUGUGUGUAAAUAAACAGCUCCAUGAGGAGCCUUCACCUCCUGCACGAGCAUCACUGC